AUGGCCAAGCAACAUUGGCUAGCUUUCAUUUCUCUGUCUUUCAUUCUUCUUCCAUGUCUAUGCAUGGCUACUCAUGAAAAUGAUGAUGAUGAUACAAAAACGUACAUCGUCUACAUGGGAUCACUUCCUCGGGGAUUACCUGAUUACUCUCCAACCUCCCAUCACCUUAGAAUUCUUCACGAAGUUCUUAAUGAUGACGUCAAUGGCAUUAAUAAUGACGCCACAAGUUCCCUGAUCCGAAGCUACACGAAAAGCUUCAAUGGGUUUGCUGCAAAACUCACCAGUGAUCAGAGGGACAAGAUAGCUGAGAUGGACGAGGUGGUCUCCGUAUUUGAAAGCAAACCACUUCGAAUUCAGACGACAAGAUCCUGGGACUUCAUGGGAUUCACCGAAUCAGCAAUAAAGCGAAACGCGACAGCUGAAAGUGAUGUUAUUGUGGGAAUUAUAGACAGUGGAAUUUGGCCUGAAUCUGAGAGUUUCAGUGAUGAAGGUCUCAGCGAUGUUCCUAAGAAAUGGAGAGGGACUUGUGGUGGGAAGAACUUCACCUGCAACAAGAAGAUCAUCGGAGCUCGGUUCUAUGAUUAUGCCCAAGGAAGACGUGAUACUGCCAGAGACGAAUUAGGCCAUGGAACUCAUACUGCCUCAAUAGCAGCUGGAAACAAAGUUCAUGGCGUCAACUUUUAUGGAAUGGCAAGUGGUACAGCUAGAGGAGGGGUUCCAUCAGCGAGAAUUGCUACGUAUGCAGUUUGUGAUAAAUUAGGGUUUUGUUUUGGGCAUGAUAUAUUGGCUGCAUUUGAUGACGCCAUUUCUGAUGGUGUUGACAUCAUUUCUCUGUCACUAGCACACCCAGAGCCACGUGAAUUCUUCUAUGAUUCAAUAGGCGUCGGAUCUUUUCAUGCAAUGGCGAAAGGAAUCCUCACCGUCCAUUCUGCUGGCAAUUUUGGUCCUCCCUCUGCCUCAGUUACAAGUGUCUCACCAUGGAUCCUAACUGUGGCAGCAAGUGGCACAGAUCGUAGAAUCAUCGACAAACUUGUUCUUGGGAAUGGACGCACACUGGUUGGCAACUCCAUUAAUCCUUUUAACUCAAAUGGGUCCAAGUUUCCUAUAGCUAAGAUAAAUGGUGAUUCAGCUAAAUGUUCCAAAGAAGAUGGAAGACGUUGCUCUUGUUUUGACACAGACAUGGUGAAAGGAAAGAUUGUGUUGUGCAAUGAAAUAUUACCUACAAAAACUACUGCUAAGUCGCAAGGCGUACUUGGCGUCAUCACAGUUACUGAUUCUCAAGAGGAAUAUUCACAGACAGUUUCACUACCUUCAUUGGAUAUUUCCAAAGCUGCUUCUUUUAUUGUUGGUUCAUACAUGAAUUCAACCGAAGAUCCAAAGGCUGAGAUAAAGAGGAGUGAGAUGAUUCUAGAUAAGAAUGCUCCUAGAAUAACUGAUUUCUCUGCACGUGGGCCUAAUCCCAUUAUAGCAGAUAUCUUAAAGCCAGAUAUAACUGCUCCUGGAGUUGAAAUUUUGGCUGCAUUUUCGCCUGUUGCAUCUGUUUCAGGUUAUGAUCAAGACAAAAGAUCUGUCAAGUACAACAUUUUGACAGGAACGUCCAUGUCUUGCCCUCAUGUUACUGGAAUAUCUGCAUACUUGAAGGCCCUUCAUCCAGAUUGGUCGCCUGCAGCUAUCAAAUCUGCCAUUCUAACCACAGGAAAACCUAUGAAGAAAGCUUAUUCUGAUGAUGCUGUUGGUGAGUUUGAAUAUGGAUCUGGGCAUGUGAAUCCAGUACAAGCUAGUGAUCCUGGGUUGGUUUAUGACAUAUCCAAGGAUGAUUAUGUGGAAAUGUUGUGCAAUUUUGGCUAUAAUACCUCUCUGCUUCAGCAGGUUACCGGAGACAAUAGUAGUAGUUGUCCCAGAUGUUCUCACAGAGAUUUAGUCAAAAAUCUAAAUUAUCCUUUACUUGGAGUUAACGUUAAGCCUUCAACCUCAUUCAAGAUUCAGUUUAAUCGAACUGUGACAAAUGUUGGAUUUGUGAACUCAACGUAUAAGGCAAGGAUUUUACAAAAUUCUAAGGUAAAUAUUUCAGUGGAACCUGAGGUUCUGUCUUUCAAAUCAUUGAAUGAGAAGAAGUCUUUUGUUGUGAACAUUAUUGGGAAGGGCAUUGCAAAUCAAACAGCAAUUUCAUCAUCAUUGAUAUGGUCAGAUGGCAGCCACAAUGUGAGAAGCCCAAUUGUUGUGAUGGCGUUUUGA